AUGUCUGAAAUUAGUUCACCUGGAUAUGAGUGGUACACAUUAACCGAAAUUAAAAAAUAUGGAACAAAAGAACUUAUCGAUUUCUUGUGCACGAAAAAGGACUUGAAGCUUGAUGAAGAUGACUAUGAAAUAAUUCGCAGGGAGAAGAUUAUCGGCUGUGACCUCUUUAACUUGACCAAUGAAGAGCUUAGAGAUUUGGGAAUGGCUGGCGGACCUGCAAAAAGACUCUUGAAUUUUGCUAGUGAGAUUAAGGAGAAAACGUCAAGGGCAUUCUCCUUGUCAAAUACGUCUUCUGAAACACUGGCAUCUAACAAUAAAUACGUAUUUUCUGAAACACUGAAAUCUGUUAAUAAAUAUUUAUUUUCUGAAAAACCGGUAUCCGAACACAUGCACUCUGAAAAAUUAGUAUCUAUCAAUCAAUACGAAGAUGAAAAUGAAUGGUACUCUAUUUAUAAAGAUUUAAAUUGGCGGACAAGCCCAACAGUAAAAGUAGGAAUUAUUAACAAAAUUUCUGAACCUUAUAAUAAGCCCGCCGAAGGGUUGGCUAAGAUGGGGAAAAAGGUUCUCGAGUUCAUUAAAAGUGAAAAAAACUUCCAAGUUUCGUACAGAAUUGAAUUGCGCCCUAUUAUUAAUCAAGAAAAAUGGGAAUAUAUUAUGCAGUUAGAUUCUACUGCAUGGUUUGAUAUGCUACUUCAAGUAACUAAAAACUUACCGCUUACAUUAAGAAUUGCAAGAAAUUACGUAAACAACAUCAUGAGCGUACAUAAUUCAUUUGAAUAUGUUCAAUCUACUAAAAUUUCAAUACUUUCUAGAGUAUACUGUGGGCAUCAUGCGGAUUGUAAGUAUCCACCUCCUAAUACAAAUAAUAAAAACAAUAAUAUGGAACGUCCUAGUAAGAACCAUAACUUAAGCUAUGCGGAACCUCCUAUUUUUUGCGCGGGAUUGACUCCAACACAAUUUCAAACUGCCCGAUACUGCAACUGGUACGUGGAGAAGGAACGUAUUGUUUUGGUAAAGGAUGGUUGGGUUUGUGUUUCUCAUCAAGAUGAUGUUCGGGAUAUUCUUAUAUGUUCUAAUCCAAUGUAUGGCAUGAUUCAUAAACCUGACAAUCAUAAAACAAAUAAGGACUUAGUAAUAGAUGGAAAAUUUUGGGAAUGGGUAUUGAGUUAUUUCAUGUCCUCAUAUCUGACAGAAACUAUUUGUGGACAAUGUAUCAGUAAUCCAAUUGAACUUUUUGCGUUAAAUUUUGGACGCUUGGAAUCUGAUGAAGCCAAAGAUAGUCAAGCGAAAGAGUGUCAUGGGCAUUUACAUGUUCAUAUAAAACCGGAGGUAGUUAUAGCAUUUGAAAAAGCUGGAAAUAUUGCGAUGUAUGGAAAGAUAGGUCAACCAGGAGUGUACGCUAUACAAAAUUGUAUGGAAUUGGAGCUUUAUCGUUUGAUGAGGUUGGAAAUGGAACAGGGUAGGAUCUAA